AGCUGUAUUCCAAUGUGCUGAGUCUGCACCCAACUUGCUUUCUUCCUGAUCAACACUAUAUAUAUCUGUCAAUAUAUCCAUUUCUAAAUCAUUGACUUUAUUGAAUAAGCUGUGGAGUUGACUUGAAAACAAAGCUUCUAUAAAUAAUAACAUGAAUAAUCUUCAUAAUUUCAGGCUACCACAUCACAUCUUAAUCUUGCAUUAUGCCUUUUACUAGCUACUGUUUGAUCUUCAUUUCUUCACUUAUCCUCUCCAUUUCUUAUUGCAUAGGCCAAGGUUCUCCCCAGGCCAAAGCUCUCAUCCUUUCUGUGAUCAAAGACUCAUCUACUCUCCAAUACAUCACCCAAAUUGGCCAAAGAACUCCUCUUGUGCCCAUCAAGUUGACAAUUCAUCUUGGUGGACAAACUCUAUGGGUAGAUUGUGAAAAUGCUUAUGUGAGUUCCACGUAUAGACCAGCUCUUUGUGGUUCAAAACAAUGUACCAUUGCCAAAGUGAACACUUGUGGAAACUGCAGCUCCACUCCCAGCCCCAGGAUUGGCUGUAACAAUAAUGCAUGUUAUAACACCCCAGAAAAUCCAUUCAUCAAGACUUCAUAUGAUGGUGGUGAAAUUAAUGAAGACGUUUUAUCGCUACAAUCCACUGAUGGAUCAAAUCCUGGUAACUUUGUAAAGAUCCCAAGCUUCAUUUUCACCUGUGUUCCUACAUUCUUGACUGAAGGUUUGGCUAGUGGGGUGAAAGGUACUGUUGGAUUGGGAAGGAACCGUAUCGCACUUCCUUCCCAAUUAGCUGAAAUCUUCAGCUUUCCAAGAAAAUUUGCUGUUUGUUUGAGUUCAUCCACUCAAUCUUCUGGUGUCAUAUUUUUUGGUGAUGGACCUUAUAUGAUGCUUCCAAAUAUUGAUAUCUCUAAAAAUCUCAUUUUUACGCCGUUGAUCACCAACCCUUUUGGUACUGGAUCAGUUUCUUUCCUAAAUGAAUCUUCUUCAGAGUACUUCAUUGGAGUGAAAUCUAUUAGAGUUACUGGCAAACCAGUGACAGUUAACAAAAAAUUGCUCGCAAUUGACAAGAGAGGAAAUGGUGGAACAAAAAUCAGCACAGGGAGUCCUUAUUCAAUCUUGGAAUCUUCCAUCUACGAUGCUAUGACUAAAGCUUUUAUUGACGAGUUAUCUAAUGUCACCAGAGUGGCUGCUGUGGCCCCUUUUGAGUUUUGUUUCAGCUCGAAAAGUGUUGGUAGCACGAGGGUUGGACCAGGUGUUCCUGCCAUUGAUCUUGUGUUGCAGACUACGCGAGUUUAUUGGAGGAUUUUUGGUGCAAAUUCAAUGGUGAAAGUUAGCCAAGAUGUGAUCUGCUUAGGAUUUGUGAAUGGAGGGCUUAAUCCUACUACUUCAAUUGUCAUAGGAGGAUAUCAAAUUGAGGACAAUCUUCUACAGUUUGAUCUUGCUAGAUCAACACUUGGUUUUAGCUCAUCCCUUUUGUUCAGCCAAACUACAUGUGCCAAUUUCAACUUCACAACUAAGGCUUAAAAAGCUGUCUUUUAGCAGUAUCUUUUCCCCCUUCCAGAAUUACUUUGUAAAAGAGAAAAGAAAGAGCUCCUGUUGAUACUUUAUGUUCAAUUCAUAUAACUAGAUCUUAUAGAAUCAUGCAAACUUUUUUCA